AAUGUUAUGUUUUGAUUGGCUGAGAGUAAAGAGAAUUGGCGCUCCGUUUUGAAAGGAGGAAGUGCCUGAUUAUCAACAAAAACAAACCUUUGUAAUACAUAAUUUACAAUUUAUUAUGAUCUGAAAUUUACAGUUAAAAUGGAUUUUGAAUUUGUUAUUCCUGUGUCCAGAGAUGACCUUUUGAACAAAACAGGAGUGAACCAGUUUGUUGUUGAUGAAGUUCUGACCCUCAGAGAAAUUUCAGGAGCUAUACAAGAUAUCAGAGCAGCUUUCCGCAGUAAAGGACCUGACUGUAUCUUCGAACAUUUUGAUGUGUUCUUUAGUGUACUUUGCCUACAAAAAGAUGUAGAUACUGAUGUAAAAGAAGAUGCCUGGGGACACAUUGUAAAAAUUGCUAUACAGUUGUCAACCAAGCUUGCCACAGUUUUAGAGGAAGAGUUAGACCCUGCCAUCAGAAAGACCAAUGUGAACCUGGUCAAGAUGACAUGCUAUCUCCUCUGUCAGUUUAUGGAGAUGCUGGAAUCAGAUGAAUCCAAGCCUAGCACCAACCAAGCUAUCAGGGGGAAAAGCAGAAAGAAGAAAACUUCUAGUAUGACAAUAGACUGGGCAAAAGAGAGGGAAUCUGGCAUGAAAACUUUGCUUAACCUGGUACAGUUAAAUAUCCACAGACUGUGGGAUCCACCAGUGGUAGAUGAUGAAUUUGUCAGUUUAGUGACCAACUGUUGUUACAAGAUAUUGGAGAACCCAGAGAUAACACAUGCUGUGAACAAAGACUGCAGGGACGCCAUCUGUCAUAUCAUUGGAAUGAUGGUGAAGCGAUACAAUCAUGGGCUAGGUGCCAGUCUAAAGAUUAUUCAACUCCUGCAGCAUUUUGAGCAUCUGGUUGGUCCACUGUCCAGUGCUGUCCAAGUUUGUGUUGAAGAUUACAAUUAUAAAAGCAUUGUAUCUGAACUGAUCAGAGAGAUAGGAAGAAUGGAUGGAGCAGAUUUGUCACGUGAUACCUCGGGAACACGAGCCUAUUCGGCAUUCCUUGUGGAAAUGACUGAGAAAUGUCCAGCUGCUGUUCUACCCAAUAUAAGUCUGCUCUUGUGUCACCUGGAUGGUGAGUCUCAUGCUAUGAGGAAUGGUGUAUUAGCUGCCAUGGGGGAAAUCUUGAUGAAAGUCCUUAGUAAAGAUGACCUUGAUGAGAAGAUGAAGGACACAAGAGAUCAGUUCCUGGAGAAAUUAGAAGAUCAUGUACAUGAUAUUCAUGCCUAUGUGAGGAGCAAGGUUCUCCAGAUUUGGCUUUUGAUUGUUAAUGCCAAAUGUUUGCCCCUCCCGCACCAAGAAAAUCUGCUGCGACUCGUCAUUGGUCGACUUCAGGACAAGUCUAGUUCUGUGAGAAAAUAUGCCAUACAAUUAAUAACAGCUUUGUUGAAGAACAAUCCUUUCGCUGCCAAGCUGUCGACACAGGAGUUGGAGUUGAGCUAUGAGAAAGAGGCAGAAAAACUGAAGGAGAUGAUGCCAGAUGAGGAGGUGGAAGACGCAAAUGAGUCAUUCAAAGCAAAAACAGAAGAAGAAUGGGAAACAUUAAAGAAGGAUCUGCUGCCUGUUGUUGAUGAAAUAGCUGAAGAUGAGGAAAACAGGAGUACACCAGCAAGUCUUAUAGCAGAGGAGGAUACAGUUGAAUUGGUUUUAGAGAAGAUCUACACACAGUUGACAGGCAGCCAACUGAAGGAUGCUGUAAUGUUGAUGAAUGCAGCCAAGGAGUCGUUUCCUGAUAUAGCUACAGAGAAACACAACACUGAACAGGAAAAUGAGGAAGAAGAAAAAGAAUCAGUUGCCAUGGAUACAUUAACAUGUUUGAAAAAUCUGUUCAUAGUGAAGAAGCAUGCAAGCCACGCCCUCUCAGCCACUGAAGCAAUGCAGACUGAUACACAAAGAGAUCCUGCUGUAGUCAAUGAGAUAGCUAAACAACAAGUCUUGGUGCAGUAUCUCAAGGAGUCACUUGCAUUUGCAACCCAGCUACAAGCAGCUGUGCCAGUUAUCUCGCAACUUCUCGGCUCAAAGAAUUUAACAGAUGUGAUGGAAGCCAUUGAAUUCUUUGUUACUGGUUUUGAGUUUGGUUUGACAGCAACAAUGAUUGGAAUCCGGAGAAUGUUGCCCCUAAUCUGGUCAAAGGAAUCUGGGAUAAAAGACGCUGUGGUGGCUGCAUACAAAAGACUUUACCUGAAUCCACAAGGAGGAAAUGCAAGGUCUAAAGCCCAGGCGAUAGUAAAUAAUUUGUCAGCUUUGACAAUGGGAGCUACAUUGUGUGACUUGACCUCAUUGGAUGGACUGAUUGUAGAGUUGAUGAAAUCAGGAGAGCUUGGACAGAGUGUUAUACAAAUGUUAUGGGAGAGAUUUACAAUGAAGAUAGCCGGCACCACUCCAGAUGAAAGCCGAGCUGCUGUACAGCUUAUUGCCAUGGCAGCUGGAGCUGAUAUGGCUGUAGUGAAGACCAACAUUGAUGUUCUGGUGAUGGAGGGACUCGGACCCAGAGCAGAUACAGACCUCCUGCUUGCUAGAGAUACCUGCCUGGCACUACUGAAGUUGAGCACACCAAAAACAAUGAAAGGAGAUGUGGCAAGUGACCCAUACAGGCUGUCAGAGACCCAUGAUAUGUUUACAAGCUUGACAAGAAUCCUCGUAAAAUCUAGCACCGACCUCGAGAAUCGUUACUGGAUACCGCUUAUGGAGCAAGCAGUCAAUGUCAUCUACAAGCUUGGAGAGUCACCAGAUAUAAUAUGUGGAGACUUGAUUAAGAAGCUUGCUUUGGAGUGUAGCCAGACUGGGGACGUCUCUGAGAAAGAUAGUCAAGAGGCAGACGAGGAUGGAAAUCCUUUAGAUGCCCUGGAGAAAGAAGAUGAAGAAAAGGUCACUUUUGCCUCUGGCGUGUUGUCACGCCUCCUGUCUUUAGUGGGUCAUGUGGCGCUAAGGCAGCUAGUACAUCUAGAUGUAGCUGUGUUUGGUGAAAUGAAGCGUCGCCGAGCUAUACAAGAACAGAAAGACUGGAUCCAGACACCUGCCAGCAAACAGAACAGAACAAAGGAUAACGAGAAUAUUGAGGAAGAGAUGGGUUUAGCUGGGGCAGCUGCUGAAGAUGCUGAAAGUGAAUAUAUCCGAAAAAUCUGUGAAUGUGAGGUGGUCACAGGUAACACACUAUUGGCUGCAUUUGGUCCGCUGUUAGAGGCAGUGUGUAGCAACCACCAGAAGUACCCGGACCAGGAACUACAGACAGCUGCCUCACUGGCUCUCGCCAAGUUUAUGAUGGUUAGUUCAGAAUUCUGCGAUCAGCAUUUGCAGUUGUUGUUCACCAUGUUGGAGAAGUCGACCAGCCCAAUCAUACGUGCCAACACCAUCAUUGCUAUGGGAGAUUUAUGUUUCAGAUUUCCCAACUUAGUUGAACCAUGGACACCACAUCUUUAUGCAAGAUUGAGAGAUGAGUCAUCAGAUGUGAGGAAGAAUACAAUGCAAGUGUUAACACAUCUGAUCCUGAAUGACAUGAUCAAGGUGAAAGGUCAGAUCAGUGAAAUGGCCAUCUGUAUUGUAGACCAUGACGAGAGAAUCGCCAGUCUUGCUAAACUUUUCUUCAAUGAAUUGGCAAAGAAGGGUAAUGCUGUAUACAACAUAAUGCCUGACAUGAUUAGCAGACUGUCAGAUCCUGACAUCGGAAUUGACGAGGAGCACUUCAGGAUUAUUAUGAAGUACCUGUUUUCAUUCAUACAGAAAGACAAACAUUGUGAAAGUUUGGUGGAGAAGUUGUGUCAUAGAUACAGAGCCACAAGGGUUGACCGACAGUGGCGUGACCUGUCAUUUUGUCUGUCUAUGCUGUCAUAUAGUGAGAAAUCUAUUGCAAAGCUGCAUGAGAAUUUCAUGUGUUUUGCUGACAAACUGGCGGAUGAAGAGGUGUACAACUGUUUCUGUACCAUUAUCAGCAAAUCUAGGAGUUUUGCCAAACCUGAGGCUAAGACCUUGAUAGAUGAGUUAGAACACAGACUUGAGAGUUGUCACAAGAAGGGCCUCAACGAAGAUGAGCUAGUAGAACGUGCUGGAGCCUCGCCAAUAAAACAUAAAGGAAAAACACCGAGGAAAGGUGCCAAAACACCAGCAGCUCAUAAAGCAAAGCCAAAAAGAGGCCGCCGAAAGACAGACAGUUCAGAUGAAGAAACGGGACCAGGAACAGAUACUCCAGUGACUCGAACGCAGCAUGGCCGAGGAGCAAAGAAAAAACCAGCAGCUGUGUUCAAUGACAGUGAUGAUAGUGAUAUAGAAUUAUUCGAAGUAGAUAAAACUUCUAAAAAGAAAAAAGGUCAAGCAGAGAAAGAAAAUGAAAGUGAGGGAUCUGAUUCCGAGCCUUUGUCACCAAAACCAGCACGUCCACGGGGGAAAAAUAAACGCCGGUUAAACCCUUUGCAUUCACCGUUGAGUGUUAGCAACACACCGGUAUAAACAAACCUGGAUGGAUUUAAUUCUGGAACUUUUGUAUCAGCUAUUAAUUAAAUAAUGCUAUACACUAGUUUCCCUAUUAACACAUGAUGUUUGACCACUGAUGUGUUCAUAUUAUCAAAUUUUUAACCACUGCCUAUUUCCAUUGUUUAAUUGUACAUUACUGAAACCUCUGCAACAUGUUCAGUACAACUGUCUUGCCAGAAAUCUGUGACUUGUUUACUGUCUGUCAUCAUUUAUUAGCUCGACUAUUCGAAGAAUAGUCUAGCUAUUCUACUCACCCUGGCGUCGGCGUCGGCGUCGGCGUCACACCUUGGUUAAGUUUUUGCAUGCAAGUACAUACAGCUAUCAUUUAAAGGCAUAUAGCUUUGAAACUUAUUUAUUCUUUUUCUAGGUCAAUUACCAACCUCUCUGGGUCAAGUCCCAUAACUCUGACAUGUAUUUUGAGCAAAUUAUGCCCCCUUUUGGACUUAGAAAAUUUUGGUUAAAGUUUUACAUGCAAGUUACUAUCUCCAAAACUAAUGCAGAUAUUGAAUUGAAACUUCACAUGUGUCUUCGGGGUUAUAAAACUAGUUGAUAGCACCAAGUCCCAUAACUCUGACCUUCAUUUUGGCCAAAUUAUGCCCCCUUUUGGACUUAGAAAAUUCUGGUUAAAGUUUUGCGUGCAAGUACAUACAGCUAUUACUAAAAGGCAUAUAGAUUUGAAACUUAUUUUUUCUUUUUCUAGAUCAAUUACCUACCU